UGCUGGGGCCGCCGUCCCGCCUCCCGCCGCCUGCCGGCGGUGCCGGAGUCGGGUGGGUUGGCGGCUAUAAAGCUGGCGGCUGAGGGGAGGUGCCGCGUACAGACCUUCCGCGGCUUGCUCCUCGUGCUCCCACACCGCUCGGUCACGUUUGGCUCUCUCACCAUGCCCGGGUCACUUCCUUUGAAUGCAGAAGCUUGCUGGCCAAAAGAUGUGGGAAUUGUUGCCCUUGAAAUCUAUUUUCCUUCUCAAUAUGUUGAUCAAGCAGAGUUGGAAAAAUAUGAUGGUGUAGAUGCUGGAAAGUAUACCAUUGGCUUGGGCCAGGCCAAGAUGGGCUUCUGUACAGAUAGAGAAGAUAUCAACUCUCUUUGCAUGACUGUGGUUCAGAAUCUUAUGGAGAGAAAUAAUCUUUCCUAUGAUUGCAUUGGGCGGCUAGAAGUUGGAACAGAGACAAUCAUCGACAAAUCAAAGUCGGUGAAGACAAAUUUGAUGCAGCUGUUUGAGGAGUCUGGCAAUACAGAUAUAGAAGGGAUCGACACAACUAAUGCUUGCUAUGGAGGCACAGCAGCUGUCUUCAAUGCUGUUAACUGGAUUGAGUCCAGCUCUUGGGAUGGACGGUAUGCCCUGGUAGUUGCAGGAGAUAUUGCUGUAUAUGCUACAGGAAAUGCUAGACCUACAGGUGGAGUUGGAGCCGUAGCUCUGCUCAUUGGGCCAAAUGCUCCUUUAAUUUUUGAACGAGGGCUUCGUGGGACACACAUGCAACAUGCCUAUGACUUUUACAAGCCUGAUAUGCUCUCUGAAUAUCCCAUAGUGGAUGGAAAACUCUCCAUACAGUGCUACCUCAGUGCAUUAGAUCGCUGCUAUUCUGUCUACUGCAAAAAGAUCCGUGCCCAGUGGCAGAAAGGUGAAAGACAUUUUCCUUAG